AUGGCUUCAACCAGUGCUGAUUUUUUCAACGAUUGUGAGAGUACGGACGAUCUGUUUGCCAGCUCGGAAAGUAGCUUGCUUUUACCAUCCAGCUUCACGGAUUUAUCCUCCGCGUCCGAUGAGUGUUCAACGGAUAAUUUCCCAUUCGAAUCCUUGGCGUGGGAUAAAAAUCUGGUCAAUUUGUUUAACGAUUUUACCGAGGCUACUACUCACGAGCAGCAAGGCACUAACACAGUCACACGCGACGAGCGACAACACGAAGCGAGCACGGAUCUGUCACAACACCUGGACGCUUCACUACACCACACGCAAACCGCUUCCAGCAAGCGGUUGUUUGACGGUACAUUAGCGGAGCGGGCAACAAUCCGGACAGACAAUUGUUUAAACAGUACAGUGCACAAUUGUUCCGAACCGGAUGAACGCGAUCACUGUAACCAUGUGGAACGGUGGCACGAUGUUGGCAAGCUGUGCGAAACACUGCAUAAACACCGGACACACUUUGCGCAUCAACACAACACCACCGGCACCGGCAACACACCGCAUCACACUAACACUGUGAUCGGUACGGCGGAUGCACAGGCACUAGCCGCUCAAUCCGACGCCGAAUGCUGGAAUACGGACACACAGUACAGCGAGGCGCAAGACAGUGCGAAAGAUUCUGGGUACGAUGAACCCACCGCCACCACAACAACACAGCAGCACCUCACGGAUGCAACGGAAGUUUCCGGCCAGCAUCGAGAGAUUCAGGCACGAAUAAUAGACCUGCUGAAUCAAAUCGAGCGCAGUGUAAACGAAGGCAUCCCACUAAACAUUCGACGGAAGCCACGAUGGGAGACAUGCUUAAUCGAGGACGGAAUUCUCCAGACAACCGAUUCAGCGCGCGAAGGUAGAACGAUUAGGCCGGCCAGAACGCGUCGGCUACAGUUGAUGGUAAAACUAUUGGCUACCAUCUAUCAGCUGCUUGCCACCGGCACAUGCUGCACGAAGCGUGAACUUUACUACCUUCAUCUGGAGCUAGCGCAAACGCCCGGCUAUACGUAUGCCGCGCUGGACGAUAUCUGUGCCCUGCUGGAUGCCGAUCCGUGGGAAUUGAACGUUUUCAACACCUCGAAAGGACUGAUCGCCGGUCCGAUCGUGCUUACGGUUAGCGGUGGCACAACGAUCGACUGUGGCACGAACCGUUGGGGUACGGCAGUACCGUUGGAUGUGGGCAGUGUGGUAGCGAUUCAACUGUCCGCCAGGUUGGUGUUGGUCGUCGAGAAGGAUACCGUCUUCAAGCGGCUGGUUGAGGAUGGAAUUUUUGACCAGUUCCCUAACACGGUGGUGCUUAUUACGGCGAAAGGAUAUCCGGAUGUUUCGACCAGAUUGCUGCUGAAAAAGAUUGCCGACUGGACGAAAGUCCCCAUCUACGCCCUGAUGGAUGCGGACCCGCACGGGAUAGAAAUAUUUUGCGUCUACAAAUUUGGAUCAUUGGCAAUGGUACACCAGCAACAAUCGUUAGCCGUACCGUCGAUGCGCUGGAUUGGACUGUUUCCUUCCGACAUUGAGCUGCUAGGACUGCAAGGUGUUCCGUUACGCGAACACGAGCUGAAGCGCAUAGAGCAGAUGGUGAAGCGCCCGUACACGGAGGGACACAUUCAGCGGGAGCUGCUGUUACUCCGUCAGCUCGCUACCAAGGCGGAAAUAGAAAGUCUCUACAACAUUGCGUCCGAUUUCAUAACGACCGUGUAUCUGAAGGGAAAAUUCAACGAAUGUUUGAAGCAUAGCUCGAUGAAGGAACAUCCGUUCUUGGGUUAAAAUACGGUUUUACAUGGGAGGGGGGGCUUCUAUGAACUUUAGAUACAUAUAAACAUAAGAUAAGAUUUAGCGAAUCGACAGGUUCACGUAGUUAGAUGAACUGGAUUUAGCUUAACAUUUCUUUCCUUUGCCCUCCGAUUUUCCGAUACCCUCAGGGCCAACGUAUUUUAAAGGUCAUACUAAAUCAAAUAACAAUCUACACUUCACCGUAAAGAUAAAAUAAUUAGUCCUCCAGUUUUGUGUUUACUCUGUCGUCUUCUCUUCUGUGAUCCCUUCACCCAGCGGCCCAGCAGACCAGUUACCGUCGCUCUUGAACGGUGGUCCCGAUCGCUCGCCGCCUCGGGGCUUAGGGGUGGCACACGCACACACACAUAUCGCACUUUAUUGUUUCGCUACUUAAUGUUAAAUUGAUCAUUACACAGUUUCAUUCAACAUGACGCAAGGAUACUACUACUGUACUCUCAUCACUACACCUUUUCUCUUUCGCCGUUUGCAGAAUCAAAAAAGGGAGCCGCAUUUGGAAUUGUUGUUGCUGGUGUGUAUGUUUUAUACAUCUAUGUAAGAGAACAAAACAAAACAAAAAAGCACCCAAAACCCUCCAAUACGACUUAACGGAAGAACAUCUUUGCUUUCCCUCCUCUCUCCUCUGCCUACCCGUUUGUCCAACACAAAGUUCUUGGUCUCACUGUUCAAGCUGCACAGCCGAGUGCACAACACAAGAGAGAAGAAUGUGUACCAGAGUAUAAGGUUAAUUUAAUAUCUACGGUGCGCCUUUCCGCUAGUACUGCUGCUUUGGGAUUAUACUUGCAUCAACGGUCACUCGCCACACUGUACAACAACUGCACGCUUCUCUACAGCUUGGAAUGGAGAGCUCUACCAGCAACCACUCUGCGGUACAUCUCCAUUCGACCUCAAAUUAUCCAACGCAGGACAUGCGUUACUUUAAGCUCUCAACGCGAUGUGAGCCUUCCUAUUUCUUGUCCUGUAUACUACCAGGUAGGUUCAUUAUUGUGGUGGUAGCAAGUUCUUCCACCCCGGGGGAAACUCUGUAGUAGAGCGGUGCAGUGCUUUGGAAAUGGUAUUUACUAAAUCCUAGUCGAAUGCCCUUCUUCUCUAAAACAAUUCCAAUAUUGCUCAUCUUGUUUUCGAAAACAAACCAACAAAAUACCAACUAAAGCUCUAUAUUGACACUCGGUAGCAAAGUAACUGAAAAGCAGUACGGUACUCUACAGGACAGAUAUGGAAAAUGUUAAAUCUUCCCCACCUUUUCAUCUUUUUUCACCUUGUUAUUAAUAUUUAGCGUGUUUUUUUUCUUUUUUACAUACAAAUGCACUCACGCAAGUCUCACAACUUUACCGGUCUCUGUACAUAAGAAGCCACAUAAUGUCCUUCUCCAAUUAGUGGGGUAUGAUUUUUUUAAGUUUACAUUGUUUAUUUUAUGCCAUUUUUACGCUUGCGUACCUUCCAAUUUUCUAUCAGCCUAUCUCAUACGUUAGUACAAUACCAUACCAUACCGCUAAAGAAGAUCGCAAGACACACACACGCACACGCUACCCGAAAUUUAAUGUACAGUGCCUCUGGCGGAAACCCGGACACCUUAAAAUCAAGCAAAUAUCGGACCUUGAGGACGAUUUUUUUUUUAACUAGGGCUGGUCAAUCAUCUUCGCUCAUUUUGUAUAUACCUUUCCACUGAACCACUGACAAAAAA